AUAAUAUGAUUGGUUUGCUCAUGCAAACACAACUUUCACACAAACACUAGUAGACUAAACAAGACUUCAUUCUUCAUAGCUAAGUAGACAUCAUAGCUAAGUAACCAUUUUGUUGCUCCUUCCUAGAGUUUCCUUGUUACACAUUCCUAACAUCUUCCUAGUACUUAAACAUCAGUUUAGUUUGUAAAGAGUAGAUGCUCCAGUGAUUAAGUUUUUCUCCUAGAAUACUACGCUUUCUUCUUAAGCAGAAUUUGUUCUUUGAUCUGCCUAUCAUUUUGAAGAAGUGGACGAUGGGUGACAACUGACUCUUGUUGGGAAACAUAGUCACUAUAACUGAUUGGAAAAGCAUAUGGUUUUGCUACCAUCAGUUCCCAAUGACUGUCAUUUACACUUUUCUUGUUCUGCUUUGGUAAUAAGAGCAUUCAUUAAAACUGUUGACCUUUGAUCUUCCCCAACUUUGAUCAAUUGGGUACCGUGCAUCCAACCUUUCAAGUAUCACUUAUCACAUUCAUCUCCCCUUUGAAUACGUGCAUUGGUAUUGGUUUUCAUCCCCAGCUGUUAACUUUCCAUAGACAGCUAUAUAUUUGCAGUCAAGAAGUUGGAUGUUCAUGAUAUAUAUUUCUAUGAUCUGGGGUUUUGUCUUGUGACUGGUUCCCCAUUAACCUAGGAUUUUCUAUUGCAUUCCUGUACUCUUUGAGCAAUAUGGAAGGAAUAGGCGACUCAUCUGACUUGAUUGAAUCAUUCUUUGGUUUCAACCCUUUUGAAGGGAGAGGAAGUAGCAGAGGCCAAGGGCAGAGGAUAGGGAAAGAUUCUAUCCAUCCUCUCAAGGUGUCCUUGGAGGAUCUCUAUAAUGGGACAUCAAAGAAGUUGUAUCUGUUGAAGAAAGUAAUCUGCUCCAAGUGCAAGGGCGAAGGUUUUAAGCCAGGUACAUCUAUGGAAUGUUCUGUUUGUAAAGGUGAGAGAGUCGUUCAAGGGAAGAAAGUGCUGAAAGUUAUUGUGGAAAAGGGUAGCCGUAAUGGGCAGAAGAUUACACUAAGUGGAGAAGCUGAUGAGGUGCCUAAUGGCGUCACAGGGGACGUUGUUUUUGUCCUCAAACAGAAGAAACAUUUAAAGUUUAUGAGAAAAGGUGAUGAUCUAUUUGUUCAGCCUAUCAUGCCACUAAUGCAAGCAUUAUGCGGCUUAUGUUUCAUUCUUACCCAUUUGGAUGGAAGGCAGCUUAUUAUAGAAUGUAAACCUGGUGAAGUUGUUAAGCACGGCCAAUUCAAGGCUAUAAUCAAUGAAGGAAUGCCAAUCUUUGGACGACCUUCCAUGAAGGGAAACUUGUACAUGCGUUUUAUUGUCUAUUUCCCCGAAACUCUCACUCCAGAGCAGUGCAAGGCAGUGGAGGCCAUUCUUCCUCAAACGACCUCAAUCCAGUUAACUGACAUGGAGCUUGAAGAAUACGAAGAAAUUACUCUUAAUGAUGUGAAGAUUGAGGAGACGCCGAAAAGGGAGCAACAGGAUGCUGAUGAAGAAGAUGAAGAAAUUUUUGUUGGUCCGCAGAAUAGCGACAACACCAAGUACUAUGAGAUCCUUGGAGUCCCAAAGAGUGCAACUCUGGAUGAUAUCAGGAAGGCUUAUCGUAAAGCAGCUAUGAAGUAUCAUCCUGAUAGGGGUGGUGAUCCGGAGAAGUUUAAGGAGCUGGCGCAAGCAUAUCAGGUUCUGAGCGACCCAGAGAAACGCGAGAUAUAUGAUAACUAUGGUGAGGAUGGAAUCAAGAAAGGGAUGGGUCGUGGUCGUGAUGUUUCUGAGGACCCAUUUGACAUCUUUGAAUCAUUCUUCUGUGGCAGUCCAUUUGAUGGAGGAGAAAGUAGUAGUCGUCAACGGCAGAGGAGUGGGGAGGAUGUCUUGCAUCCUCUCAUGGUUUCACUGGAAGAUCUGUACAACGGGACAAUAAAGAAGUUAUCCAUCACUCACAAAGUAAUCUGCUCCAAGUGCAGAGGCAAGGGGUCCAAGUCUGGUGCAACGAUGGUGUGUUCUGGCUGUCAAGGUUCUGGGAGGAAGGUCUUCAAUAUACAGCUUGGUCCUUCAACGAUUCAGGAGAUACAACGUCUUUGUGACAAGUGCGAUGGUGCAGGUGAGAUGAUUCAUAGGAAGGAUUGUUGCUCGCGUUGCAAAGGCGCGAGGGUUGUGCAGAAGAAGAAAAUACUUGAAGUCAUUGUGGAAAGGGGUAUGCAAAACGGGCAGAUUAUUAUAUUUCCUGGAGAAGCUGAUGAGGCACCUUCCACUAUCACUGGGGACAUUGUUAUUGUCCUACAACAGAAGGAGCAUCCAGUGUUCCAGCGAAAGGGUAAUGAUCUAAUUGUUAAACGUACAUUGUCUCUCACACAGGCACUGUGCGGCUUCCAAUUUAUUCUUACUCAUUUGGAUGGAAGGCAGCUCAUCGGAAAAUCGAAACCUGGUGAAGUUGUUAAUCCUGACCAAUUGAAGUAUGUAAACGAUGAAGGGAUGCCUGUCUAUCAGAAACCUUUGAUGAAGGGAAAAUUAUACAUUGAUUUCACUGUUGACUUCCCUGACAAACUCACUCCGGAGCAGUUAAUGGCACUGGAGGCUGUUCUUCCUCGUAGGAUCUCAACCCAGUCGACUGAGAUGGAGCUAGAAGAAUGUGAGGAAACUACUCUCAUUGAUGUGAACGACAUCGAGAAGGAGAUGCAGAUAAGGUGGCAAAAACGCAUGCAAGAGGCUUAUGAAUGCGGGGAUGAUUUACAUGGAGGUCAGUGUGCCCAACAAUAGAGGGAAUCCAGGACUGGAUACUACUUAUAGUAUGAUUGUCUUCUUCAUUGCUUUCUAGUACUAUUUUGUGUGAAAGUAACUACUUUGGGAUUUCUAUUCAGUUUGGAAACUUUUUUUUCCCUCUGGAAAGUAAGUGUAUUGACUUCAGAUCAAGAAUUGCCCUAUUUUC